AUGAUGAGGAGCCAAAGAGGAAGAAAACCUAGAGGCAGGAAUGGCGAUAACCAAGAUCAAGAUGCUAACUGGUCAAUGUCAAUGCUUCCUGAUGACGUUACCAGGGAUAUUCUCAUGCGACUCCCCUUGAAAACCAUCAUUCAGAGUAGGUGCGUAUGCAGGACCUGGCGUAGUUUACUCUCAGAUUCUUACUUCUCUAAACUGCAACGCGAAAGAGCUCAAUCCAUGCUUGUUCUUCGCUCGCCAUCAUCAUGUGUUUCCAGGAAAGCUGCAGGUCUUGGUCCCAACGAGUUUUACAUAGUUGAGCUGGAAUCAACCGGUGUUUCAGGUUCCAACCACGUCAUGAAGUUCAAUACCAAAAACAAUCUCCCUACCUGUCAUGUCGAACUGGUGGGCUCGUGCAAUGGUUUGCUUUGUUUGUUUGAUAAAAAUUCGAAGAAAAGCUUUUACCUUUGCAGUCCUAUGACAGGUGAGCAUGUCAGGACUCCUGCGAACUGUGAAGUUUGCAUAUUUGGAGAGAAUGAGUGGAAAAGUAUUGGAGAGAUUCCGUUUCCAGCUUAUAAGAAAUUCUUUAGUGUUUCUCUGAAUGGAGCUCUGCAUUGGAUUGUCAACCUUGAUGAGUAUGAAUAUCCUGAUUUGAUAUGUGCUUUAGAUAUCGACAGCCAAAAGAUUAGGCCAAUGUCACCGCCUAAUGGGUUCAGGAAAGAUACAACAGAGAUGAGCUUGGGAGUACUAAGAGAUCGUCUCUUUAUAUGUGACAAUAUGACUUUAUAUGAUCUUGACAUAUGGGUGAUGAAAGAUUAUGGAAUCAAAGAUUCUUGGAGUAAAGAGAUUGUAAUCGCUAAGAGUUCGCUUUCUUCGAUGCUGCAAAAUUGCUUUCUCCAGCCCAUUAUGGUUUCUAAAGAUGGAGAGGUGUUGAUUUCUAGUGAUUCCAAUGCUUUGGUCUGGUAUGAUCCAACAAGUAAGAGUUUCACUGAUGUUACCCUACCCAGCAGGGUUGGGCCUGAAUUCGAAGCAGUUUGCUCUGUUGCAAGCUUUGAUUCACUCUCAGACAUCAUGAAAAAGAAUGCAGGAUGGAUCUAUGUGUCACAUGUUUCUGGUGCCAGUUUCUGCUUGCGAAAGUGCUCUUGUCCUAAACCUGUACCACCAGUAGUAGAAACCCUAAUCCCUGUAGCGCAGACCCCAACAACAACCGCCACCAUGAAGUACAACCCAAGAGUCUCCUCCUCUAGGCGCAAGAGCCGGAAGGCUCACUUCACGGCACCGUCCUCUGUGCGGAGGAUCUUAAUGAGCGCCCCGCUCUCCACCGACCUCCGCCAGAAGUACAACGUCCGAUCCAUGCCAGUCCGCAAGGACGAUGAAGUGCAGGUUGUCCGUGGUACCUAUAAAGGACGUGAGGGCAAGGUGGUUCAAGUUUAUCGCAAAAAGUGGGUCAUCCACAUCGAGAGGAUUACACGCGAGAAGGUGAACGGGUCGACAGUUAAUGUCGGUAUCAACCCAUCCAAGGUUGUUAUUACAAAGUUGAGGCUUGAUAAGGAUAGGAAGUCUUUGUUGGAUCGCAAGGCAAAGGGACGCGCUGUUGGAGAGAAAGAGAAGGGCACUAAGUUCACUGCUGAAGAUAUCAUGCAGAGUGUGGACUAA